GUUACUUUUCCUUUUCCACUAACCAAAUAACGGGCUAAAGGUUACCGGUUAAUGGUGAAUAUAUCGCUCAACUUUCAACUGACUUGUCGUCUGUAUCGACUAGCUGUGUUAUUUAAUAAUUAUUAUAGUUUUAUUAUUAACUGGAAAUCGGAGUUUAACAUUUCAAAACUGAUUUAAAAUGUUGAUAAAUGAACUUCCAGAUGAUUGCUUGUUGGCUAUUCUUGAUUAUAUACAAGAUUUACAAGAUUUAAUAAACUGCUUCAAAGUCUUCGAAAAAUGGCGUGAUAUAAUUGUUCAUUAUACUAAAAAAAUUAAAUAUUUAAGAAAUCAACCAAAUUAUUCGCCUGAUUAUGUUUAUCUGCACCUUAAGGAACCAAUUGAUGUAACAUGUUUGAGCACAUUGUUUCCAAAUUUAAGGAUUGCCGAAUUUUCAUAUCCACUCGAAGUACCAAUUGAAGAUAUAGUUAAACUAAUCAGAGAUUCUGAAUGUUUGAAAGGAAUAAUCCAUUAUGGGGCUAACUUUAAGGAUCCCCGCCUCGAUUUCGAAUCGAUACCGGAAAAUGUUAGCCUCGAAAUGUUAACUACCGGAUAUAUUGAUCGAAACAUGAGUGGAAUCUAUGAAAAUGUGAAACAAUUGCACCUUUUGUUCUCUAGUCUAGGCCUAUUCGAACGCGUGGCACAUCGUUUCCCAAAUCUUGAAAGGCUGAGAAUUCAUGCUGCAGAAGACUUAUUCGAACAGCCCUCUGUUGCUCCAGUAAUGGCAAAUCUUAAAAUAUUUGAAAUAAAUUUGCCUGUUGAUGAUUGGGUAACCCUUUGCUUUUCAUUCAUGGAUAAGUGCCCAGCAUUACAGAGUGCUUAUAUCAGAUUUGAAUCCAGGCGCAUUGUGUUCAAUCAUUUGAUAAAAAAUGCAAACUUACUAGAUUUGGUUAUACAAUUUAACGAACAAAUCGGAUGGGAUAAAAUACGAGGACUAAUAACAAAAUAUCCAAAUCUAAAGCAUUUGGCAUUGCGAGGUAAUACCUAUUUUACAGAUGAAGACAUCAUGGAAUUGCUAUUAGUUUUGCCAAAACUAACACUACUUGAUAUUCGUGGAUCUUAUGGGUUCACUCAAGCUGCUAACCAUUUUCAGGAUUAUUUUAAGCAGUAUGGCCGAUCAAUCAAGUUUUAUUUCAAAAGAGACGAUAAACAAAUUGAAGUUGAUUGGCCGCAGUCAUUAAAUCGACCAGAAAAAAUUUGCCGUGGAUUUGAUUUCAUGGAACAUUGUUUUUUCAAAAGUUUCUAUUAUUUGCCUCAUUUUUUGGAUCCAAUUUAAUGCUUGAAAAUGGAAAAGAGAAAAAAUUGUCAAUUCUUUGCACCUAAUUUUGUUUCAGUUGUAAGGUGUGUGAUAUUGAAAAAGUGUCUUAUACCUCGAUAUCUUAAUUAGACCAUAAUUAUCGAUCUUAGAUGGAGUUGACGGGUCAUUAUACCCAUCAGUUCGGGUAAUCAUUAGUUUUGGAAUAUUUAGACUCAAAGCUUUUAUUCCUCAAUGAGAAACCAAUUGAUAGAUAUUUCAAAUAAUCAGGCAAUGCCAUUCUUAUUUAAUAUGAAAUGCAAAGAUUUGAGAGAGUCCAAUUACAGUCUGCGAAAAAUGUUAUAAUACAAUUGUUUAUCGAACUAAAAAUGUUUAAUUUUUAUAAUUUAUUUUGGUUUACAAUG